CACCCAGCGAUAUACAUUGGUAGGCUUUGCGGAAGAUUUAGACUGGAAACCCCUGCAUUUCGUUAAGCCUCUGCCAGAGAACAGACUGUGCCGCGUUUGCGGACUCGUGCGCAAGACAACCGCUCUUCUACGAUGUGGCCAUGUCAUGUGUCACUGCUGCUUUCCAGCUCUGCAUGGCUACCGAGGAGCAAGCCUGUCCGAUUGACGGCAAACGUUGCCCGGAAGAAGACGUUGAGUGGAGCGACUUCCCGACUGAAUAUCUGCUAAAAAGAGAGGUUAAAUGCUGGAACCAAGAACAUGGUUGCGAACUCUUGAUGACUGCCUCAGAAGUCUCCAAGCACUUUCACCGUGAAUGUGAAUACCACUGCACACCCUGCCCAAGAUGCUCGAGGAUGGUUUUAUGCCGCGACAUGGGCGAACAUCUGAGGUCUUCAUGCCACGCCCUGGCCUCACCUCGAACCAAAGAAUGUGACGGGGAAAUAAGCGGUGCUGUAGAGACAAAACUCGAGCAAGACAUCAGGCGACUGGGGGAGGAGGGAGGUGAAAUUAAGGCGAUGUUGCAACGAGCACUUACUGAGAAUAGGGCGCUUGAUGACAGCAUUAGUGACCUCUGCCAAAAUAUGAAUUUUCUAAAGGAAUCGUUGAGGCAAGAUGUGGCGAAUGUAGGAAAAAUAGCACAGCGUGUUUUGGAUGACAUCGACACACUACGCGGAGCAGUUAAAAAUGAGAUGGCUGUCGCAAAAAAUCGCAACGCCGAAGAAUUUUCACGAAUUCAAGCAGCUAUCAAAGCAGCACGAAAGAACAGAAGAAAAAGCAUGAACAUGAUGCUAGAGAUUCAGAAGAAAACACUAGUGUAUGUUGAGAAAAAUGUAACACGUUGCGACUUUUUCGUGCCAGGAAUUGAGUCGCUUGAAGCCAAGGCGUUGGUAGAAGGCGAGAGCGAAUAUGUCCACGGGCCCAUUUACCUUCGUGGUUACAACAUGUCACCCGGUGUUGAUCUGCUUAAAGACGGAGAGACUGUGUCACUUGGUCUCUCGCUUGAGCUGCACAAAGGUGACCACGACGAUGCGAUUGAGUGGCCGUUCGAGCAAAGCAUCAGGUUUACUAUUCUACACCCCAGCAAAAAGGAAGACAAAACAUUCAUUCUUAAGACAGAACGUGACGACAAAGCAUUUGAAAAGCCAACAGAAUCAGAUAAUUGGAUUGGCUUGUUUAACGACCAAGUUCCAUUAGGGCAUCUGAAAACUGCCGGCUACGUGUGCAACGACAAGCUGCGUGUGGUGUUGGAGCUUCUUUAAUUAUGAGUGGAAAUUUUCACACGAUUUGGUGUCAACUGAAUGUGCCACUUGAAGACCGUAUCCAAAUACAUACAGCUGGUCCGUUGAAAUCUGCACGCUAGUCUGCUUUCAGGUGGCUAAAAACUGCGACUUGAAAUUCGCUAGAACUUUUUAAAGCCAAGAAACGAUGAAAUAUUCUCUGUACCACGUAAAUUCUUUAUGUACUUUUUUAUUCAAUAUUAGGCCAUCUAGAUGCCAUUCAGCGCCAAUAUAGAUAGUUUUGAAGCUAAAGAGGCCUAAAUAUUACCCGUUGUCAACAUAUAUUCUCAGCUGUGCCAUUACUCAGCACUCG